AUGGCAAUGCACAAGAGCACUUCUGGUUCAGCAUUGGGUCCUGGAGGCUUGGACCUAACUCAAGCCUUCUUCAAGUCCAUCAUGAACGCUGCACCUUCUUCUCCCACAAAGCGCCACACCAAAAUCUCCAUUGUUGGUGCGGGCAACGUGGGAAUGGCCAUAGCGCAAACCAUCCUCACUCAGGAUCUCACCGAUGAGCUUGUUCUCGUCGAUGCCAUUCCCGAUAAACUCCGCGGCGAGAUGCUGGACCUCCAGCACGCCGCCGCUUUCCUCCCCCGCACCAGAAUUCAGGCCUCCACCGACUACUCCGUCACGGCGGGCUCCGACCUCUGCAUUGUCACCGCCGGUGCCCGCCAAAUCAACGGCGAGUCCAGGCUCAACCUCCUACAAAGGAAUGUCCACCUCUUUCAGAAAAUCAUACCCCCUUUGGUUCGUCACUCUCCCGACACCAUUCUCCUUGUCGUUUCGAAUCCCGUGGACGUGCUCACUUACGUGGCAUGGAAGCUUUCAGGGUUCCCUUCAAACCGUGUUAUCGGCUCCGGCACUAACUUGGACUCCUCGCGCUUUCGUUUCCUCAUCGCUGAUCAUCUUGACGUCAACGCUCAAGAUGUCCAGGCUUUUAUAGUGGGGGAACACGGGGACAGCUCAGUGGCUUUGUGGUCUAGCAUUAGUGUUGGGGGUGUUCCAGUGCUGAGCUUUUUGGAGAAACAGCAAAUCGCGUAUGAGAAGGAAAUGUUGGAGAACAUACACAAAGAAGUUAUACAGAGUGCUUAUGAGGUUAUAAGUCUGAAAGGGUACACUUCUUGGGCGAUAGGGUACUCCGUAGCCAACUUGGCACGAAGCAUUCUGAGGGACCAAAGGAGGGUCCACCCUGUGUCGGUUCUUGCAAAGGGUUUUUAUGAUCUUGAAGAUGGGGAAGUGUUCCUUAGCUUGCCUGCACAACUUGGAAGAGGAGGAGUAUUGGGUGUGACCAAUGUGCAUUUGACUGAUGAAGAGAAACACAGGCUCAAGGACUCAGCCACUACAAUCCUCCAAGUGCAGAAUCAGUUGGCUCUUUGA